GAAAAACCAGAUAAUGACAUCUAAUGUCUGGCUUCAGCUGGCCUGGAAUGACUACCAGCUUACAUGGGAUGAAGCCGAGUAUGGAGGAAUAAGUGUACUCAGAUUGCCCCCGGACAAAGUAUGGAAACCAGAUAUAGUUCUCUUCAACAAUGCUGACGGCAACUACGAGGUCCGGUACAAGUCCAAUGUGCUAAUCUACUCAACUGGAAUAGUAAUGUGGGUGCCGCCAGCAAUUUACCAGAGCUCCUGUACUAUUGACGUCACCUACUUUCCCUUUGAUCAACAGAAAUGUGUCAUGAAAUUCGGGUCGUGGACUUACAACGGUGAUCAAGUGUCCUUAAAGUUAUACGAUGACAAUAAAUGGGUUGACCUAUCCGAUUACUGGAAGAGUGGGACAUGGGACAUCGUGGAGGUUCCAGCUUUUCUCAAUGUAUACAAUAAUUCUAAGGAGGGAAAGCCGACAGAGACCGACAUUUCCUUCUACAUCACAAUUAGACGAAAAACACUAUUCUAUACAGUCAACCUCAUUUUACCAACUGUUUUAAUUUCAUUCCUUUGUAUCCUUGUAUUCUACCUUCCGGCCGAAGCAGGAGAAAAAGUUACCUUAGGGAUCUCCAUUCUGUUGUCACUUGUGGUGUUCUUGUUAUUGGUGUCGAAAAUCCUGCCUCCAACUUCUCUUGUUCUUCCGCUUGUUGCAAAGUACUUACUCUUCACGUUUCUCAUGAAUACGGGAUCAAUUCUAGUUACAGUAAUAAUCAUUAAUUGGAACUUUCGCGGCCCAAGGACCCAUAGAAUGCCCAACUGGAUUCGUAUUUCAUUCCUGAAAUACUUGCCAAUUCUCCUGUUCAUGAAAAGACCCAAGAAGACGAGACUAGCAUGGAUGAUGGAGAUGCCAGGAUAUGGUAUUCACCAACACUACCAUGGGUCACCCGAGGUUAUACCUUAUAAUCUGAAGAACAAAACAGAGUUUAUGGAACUCUCCGACGUUCAUCAUCCCAACUGCACGGUUACACAAAAGUCUUCUCUAGAGUUAGAAAUGCAAAGGAAGAAGAGUGAAGCAACAGAUGUUCUCUUUCUAACUCCAGAUGCUUAUCGAGCCACAGAAGCUGUUGAAUUUAUCGCAGAACAUCUACGAAGCGAAGACGAAUAUAUUCAGAUUCGAGAAGAUUGGAAAUACGUAGCUAUGGUGAUUGACCGGCUUCAAUUAUACAUAUUUUUUGCCGUAACCACGGCAGGGACAAUAGGGAUCCUCUUAGAUGCGCCCCAUAUCUUCCAGUAUGUAGAUCAAGACAAAAUUAUUGAAAUCCAUAAAGGGAAGCCGACGUGAGCUUAGUGGCUACCGAAGACAAAGGACUUGUAUUCAGCUUGUUCCACUGUAAAUUAGAGAAAUCUCUUGUGGUAAAAUUUAAGACGAAGGAACAAACAACUAAAACAUCUUUGUCUAAUAAUUUAACGGGCAGUAAAAACGACGGGUACCAUUAUCUUAAAUCCUUCGUUCGUGUUUUUUGUUAUACCACAAACUCAUUUUCUUUUUUCAUCAAAGUAGAAGAAGUCAGAUAUUGUUUUAACCCGAAUAUGAUUUACGUUUUCUUUUAUCCCUUAUCAGGAAGUGAGAAUCUAUGCUUCUUUCUGCAUCUGAAUAGGAAGAUGUAAGAUUAACACGGAGUAAGUUAGCACUUGAGCGAUUUUUUCAUUCUCUCUUUCAGCGUAAGUUUUAAUGCAAUUAGCACAGGCCAUGAUUUGUUAACACUAAGCCUGUCAGGGUAAGAAUAUCGAAAGUCUUAGUGUUUUGAGCUGGAAAGUUUAUCUACUACGCACGAAAGAUUUAUUUUCACAACUUGUCUUCGGGUUCUUCCAAGCUAGCCCCAACAACUCUUUGUUGUACAUACAAUAAUUUCCACUAGCCAGCACUAAAUAUACCCAAUAGUUUAUUAGCGAUUUUCUUAUAGAAACGUGUUUGUCAUUCAUUCAAGUCAUAAAUGCUCAAACAACAAACAAUUUUAUCAAAUGUGAAAAAGAAGCAGUGUUUUUCUUCUGUAAUUCAUAUCUACAACGAUGGGAAAAUACACAUUUUGGCAGGGUUACUGAAACAUGUAUUCACUUUUCCACAGUUUUUAAUAAUUUAAGGAAUAUCAAUCUGGUAAAGAUACGGUGCUCUCAUAUAAGGUGAGUAACUCUUAUUCACCAAAUACUGUCAGAAUUUUCUGGUACAAUUUGCACUGAAAGCAAAAGGCAAUUUGUUUGAUUGUUUUUGUUUUUUAAAUCACGACACAUCAAGAUACUGGAUAAAUGUUUAUAGUCACGAUAAUGUAAAGUAUGGUUUGAGAAAUUUUACUUUCAAAGUCUUAACAUCUUGAGUCGUAAAUUAAGCAAAUAUCCGAGUAUUAUAUAGUGUCAAGAAAAAUGCUGCAUUCAGUCACAAUAUCAAAGGUCUAAGAAACAUAGAUAUUUUCUUGUGACAAAAUAUAAUGUGUAAGCCUCAAUAUCGUUUAUUUUAUUUUAAAAAAAACAUUCCGGUGAAUAGUGAUUUUCUAAAUUUAUCAGCAAGAACGGCAAAUUUGUCUUUAAUUACUAAGUUCACAAUUAAGUUUUAUAUGUGUAUAUUAUAAUAAACCUGCAUUAACUUCAUAAUCAUGAAAACGUAUACAUAAAGACAAAACAAAUGUUAAAGCAUAAGCUAUAUGAUUUUAGAGAUAUUAUAAUUUAGAUUAUAAGUAAGUCAACCAGUAAAAAUAUCCAGACAGUCUUAAUAAUGUGCUCAGUGAUGACUUCUCAUCAUCAAUGGAUUGCACUUUCACGAAUGUCGCUAAAUUUUUGCAAAACUCACUCUUAAUUUUCUAUAAAACUUUAUCCACCUACCAAAGAACCGUAACCUUUAAAUAUAAUAGCAAAAAUACAAGAUUCAUUAGUUUUGAUAUAAUCAAUGAUUUGUGGAAUAGUUAUAAAUCAACUGAAGUAUUAGAUAUAGGUCAGACGUGGAUUGAAAUUAAUAAUACUAUCAUUAUAUUGUAUUACUCGGACUUGUAUUAUUCAUCAUAGAACAAGAGAAACAAGAGCAGACACCAAAAGUAGCCUUCCAUUAUAAUUGAAACUCGUUAUUUUUCUCUACAAAAUAUGUUCAAGUAGUUGCAUGACUUAAGCAUGAUUUCUUUGACAGGUAACAAAACUGUGUGCAAUGUUAUAUUAAUGUAUUGACGUUUGGUGCCCUGUGAAGCGUACUGAUGUAAAUAUACGUAUUUGCAACUGUAUCUUUGUACAGCGAAAAAAACAAACGUGUUUUUUAGGACUGAUUGGAGCAAUAAACUCCAUAAAAAUGAUUCCCGACUUAAAGUUUUACCGCACAUAGCUGUGGUUUUAAAAAGUCCUACAUUCCCUAAACCAGAAUGACUCUUUCUAGAUAUAUAUACCUAUGAUUUCGGUAUCGUUUUGUAACCUAGAUGUUAUUGAAAAUAUUAUACUUUUGCCCAUAUUCCUAACUAAUCUUGAGAAACACAUGACAUUUUUAUUUAAAUCUAUUGAUAUAACACCUUCGUUUUCUUACCUAAUUAAAAAGAAAUUUUUGAAGUUUUA